CCCCCUCCUCCCCACAGCCAGCUCCUCAUUGGACCGAAGCUUUAAGGUGGAGCACUCGGGAUUGGGGAACGCAGCGUUGCUGUCGCCUCCGACCGCGAUUGGCUGGCGUCGCGGGGUUCUCCGGUCUCGGCCUUGGAGCCGCGGACGAGGCCUGGGGCAGCGGCGCGAGGGUAGUAUGCUGAGACAGUGAACAUGGACUUUUCUCGACUGCACACGUAUACCCCACCCCAAUGUGUGCCAGAGAACACUGGCUACACCUAUGCACUCAGUUCAAGUUACUCUUCUGAUGCUCUGGAUUUUGAGACUGAGCAUAGAUUGGACCCUGUAUUUGAUUCUCCAAGGAUGUCCCGUCGUAGCUUGCGCCUAGUCACAGCAGCAUAUGGCUCUGGGGACAGCCAGGCUACAGAUGCACACUCCUGUGCCAGCAGCACGGCCUCCCUCAAGGACAGAGUGACCAGAACAGUAAAACAACGCAGAAAUGCGAGCAAGCAGGCCUUCUUCAGCGUCAACCAUCUGUCAGGGAAGGCCACAUCCUCCAGUGUCAGCCAGGACAGCUCUGGCAACCUGCAGGACACUGUGCCUCUGCGGCCUCCAGUGCUGGAUGAGUCUCUGAUUCGUGAGCAGACCAAAGUGGACCACUUCUGGGGUCUUGAUGAUGAUGGCGAUCUUAAAGGUGGAAAUAAAGCUGCCACUCAGGGAAAUGGAGACCUGGCAGCAGACGCAGCAGCCCGUAAUGGGUACACCUGCAGAGACUGCAGCAUGCUCUCGGAGCGCACAGAUGUGCUUACUGCCCCCCCUGCUACUCACAGGCCUUCCUCAAGGAUUUAUUCCAGGGAUAGGAAUCUGAAACGCGGUGUGUCUUUCUACAUGAAUAGGACUUUGUGGCUGGCAAGAUACACUUCAUCAUCUUUUUCAUCAUUCUUAGCUCAACUUUUUCAAGUGGUUUUAAUGAAGCUCAAUUAUGAAUCAGUCAAUUACAAAUUGAAAAAUUAUGAAUCAAAAGAUUGUGAAUCAGAAAGCUAUAAGUCAAAAAGCCAUGAAUCAAAAGCUCAUCGCAGUUACUGUGGGAGAAUGACUGUCACAGAGCUUCCCAGGGAAGAUGGCCAUCACAGUGUGCACGGGGAGUCACUGUGCGAUGACUGUAAGGGGAAGAAGCACCUCGAGACAUACACAGCCGCCCACUGGCAGCCAUCCAGGCCACACAGGGUGGUGGGGGCCGUGGGGCACCUCUGCACCCGUGCAGGUUACUUCUUGAUGCAGAUGCUGCGAAGGGCCAGAGCUGCUGGAUGGUUUGUGGCUGAGACGGUGUUGUCAGUCCUGUGGUUGGCCACUGUUGCUCCAGGGAAGGUGGCCUCUGGAGCACUCUGGUGGCUGGGAAUUGGAUGGUACCAGUUUGUUGCUUUUAUCUCUUGGCUGAAUGUGUUUCUUCUUACAAGGUGCCUUCGAAAUACUUGCAAGUUUUUAAUCUUGCUCAUCCCGCUGUUACUUUUACUAGGUGCAGGCCUCUCUCUGUGGGGUCAGAGCGAUUUUUUUUCCCUUUUGCCUGUGUUAAACUGGACAGACGUGCAUACAGCUGAGAGGGUGGACAACCCCACGGGCAAAUUCAGACCUGGGUCUUCUCACCUGCAGGAUGAUGCACAGGCUUCCUGGUGGCUGCGAGAGAAUGGCAUGAGGCAGCAGGUGGCUUCUUUCUCUGCUCAGUGCCACAACCAUGAGGAGAAGCUCAGGGAGCUAAUGGUCUUACUUCAGAAACUGCAAGUGCGGGUGGACCAGAUGGAUGAAGGCAGGGAAGGGCUGUCACUGUGGAUGAAGGAUGUGGUCGCACAGCACCUGCAGGAGAUGAAUGCUGCUGGACUCCUAGGCACUAAGAUUGACUUUAUGACUUUCCACCAUGAACAUGAAGUGCGUCUCUCAGACUUGGAAGGUGUUCUUAGAAAAUUGACAGAAAAAUCUGAGGCCGUCCAGAAGGAAUUAGAACAGAUCAAGCUAAGAACAAUCAGUGGGGCAGAGGAGCAGCCCCUCCUGCCUCGAGUGGAGCGCCUGGAGCAGCAGCUGGGUCUCCUGCGGUCACAGUUGUUGGACUGGCAGCAGCUGAAGGCCAGCUGCGAAAAGGUGGAUGCCCAGGUCAGAGAAACCCUGAGGCUCAUGUUUUCUGAGGACCAGCAAGGUGGCUCCCUUGAGUGGCUGCUGCAGAAGCUGUCUUCACAUUACGUGAGCAGAGAUGACCUGCAAGCCUUGUUACGGGACCUCGAGCUGCAGGUGCUAAAGAACAUCACGCACCACCUGGUGAUAACAGGACAGAAGCCAACGUCCGAAACUGUGGUAUCUGCUGUGAGCGGGGCAGGGAUUUCUGGAAUCACAGAAGCGCAAGCUCGGGUCAUUGUGAACAAUGCUUUGAAGCUGUAUUCCCAGGACAAGACCGGGAUGGUGGACUUUGCCUUGGAAUCUGGUGGUGGCAGCAUCCUGAGCACUCGCUGCUCCGAGACAUAUGAAACGAAGACAGCGUUGCUGAGCCUGUUUGGGAUCCCAUUGUGGUAUUUCUCUCAGUCACCCCGUGUGGUGAUCCAGCCUGACAUUUAUCCAGGUAACUGCUGGGCAUUUAAAGGCUCCCAGGGGUACCUGGUAGUGCGGCUGUCAAUGAAGAUCCACCCAACAGUGUUUACUGUGGAGCACAUACCAAAGACACUGUCACCGAUGGGCAACAUCUCCAGCGCCCCCAAGGACUUUGCAGUCUAUGGAUUAGAAAAUGAGUAUCAAGAGGAAGGGCAGCCCCUGGGACAUUUCACAUAUGACCAGGAAGGGGAGUCGCUCCAGAUGUUCCAGGCACUGGAAAGACCUGACAAAGCUUUCCAGAUAGUGGAGCUUCGGAUCCUGUCCAACUGGGGACACCCCGAGUAUACUUGUCUCUACCGGUUCCGAGUCCAUGGCCAGCCCACACAGUAGAGAGGCACUCCUAAUUUGUACAGUUUGUAUAUACCAGGACCCCAGAACACUGGAACCCUUCAGGGAUGGGGGCAUGCGUGGAACAGAGGGACGCAUUUACCCCUUCAAUAAAUGUGGCGUGGCAGCAGGGAA